AUGACAUUUAAGAAUCCUCCGAUUUUGAAGAUGCCUGACGCCUCAAAAGAGGCGGCGCAACCCAAAAAGGUUGCUUUUGACCUUCCAACGACUAAGAGGGUCCAGUUUCGUGACAUUUUCUCUUUCGCUCGAACGAAACACCGCAGUACUACUUUGGCUUUGGAUAACACCAUUACGACCUCUUGGGUCACUCCCAAGAAGGUGGCGAGUGUCGCCCAUCUUGGCGGACACAAUAAACCCUCUUCUAAAGAUUUACCUUCCCAUAGUCGUUCGGUAAACCCGUUCGAAUGUUUAUCUCCCAAGGAGAACACAAAGAAGAAGAGGGCCUCCCGCCCUAAAACCAAGCCAAUAUUGACUGUCGAUGCCCAUCCCGAUGCAAAGGCUGCCGCCAGGCAUGCUUUUGGGGCCAUCGACAGUAGGAAAGAAGCAAUUUCUGUUGCUCCAUUGAGGAACAAGACUCAUAUCUUUUGCCCCAAGCAUUGCUUGGACCCCGAAAGGGGCUUGAAAGAAGCUACGAAGAAAGUACAUGAACCGGCCGAGAAGGUUGCCAAUAAGAAGCUUCUUUCUAAGGCCCCUAAAAAGGUGGUUGUUGUCAGCGGUGUCAAGACAAGGGAUCCUUCGGAACCCAUAGUUAACACCCAGGUUAAGCCCAAGGCUAGCAAAAUGUCUCGUUUGCGCGACAUUUUGGCUGCGAAAGCUUUUCGGCCCCCUCACAAUACCGCCACGCAGCACGUCAAGGACCCUAAGUGCGCCUCAGAAAAAAGGCAUCAUGAUAAGACUAAGUUGGAGAAGACUCCCGUGAAAAAGCAUGUGGAAUCGUCCCAUAGACCCCAUGUUCAGCUUCACGACAUUUGCUCACAUGACCAUAAGAGCUGGCUCUUUGGUCGCAAGGAAUCUCCAGUGAAGCUUUCGAGGGCCGCCAUGAAGGCUACCCUGACAUUCAAGGCCCCAAAGGUUCCUUUGACUAAGGCAUUUCUGCCACCUCUUUCUUCCUGGUCCGUCCAGGAGAUUCUCGUUCCAUUACCUGCGAUGAAGGCUGACUUGAAAGCCAGCGACAUUUUUCCUAAGGGUGCUGGUUGCUCCAAGAAAUUGGAGAGCUCGAGAAAAACUGGGGCAUCCGCGCCAACCAAGUCUCCACUGCUGUCGUCGUCGUCGCCUUCUCCUAAGACUCCAGCUCUUCUCGGGAACAAUGCUUCUGCAUUACUGUCGUUGCUGUCGCUGUCUUUGGAGUUGCCUCCAGCCUGUCUGGCAUUGGACUUCUUUUCUGGCGACAUGCAUGAUAUGGUUGCAAAUCCAUGGGCCGCGAUCCCUCCAGGUACUGAGACACCUUCCACAGCGACUCCAGUCGUGUCUCAUACGCCAUCUCGUUGUCCUUCACCACCUCUUUUUGCUGCCACAGCUGUGGAAUCACCUUUCGUGGCAGAUGUCGUGCGUUCUCUGCUUAAAACGCUCGACGAUUUGGACAAUGUGGCCAAAGAGAUACAGGAGGUUGUUGCCGGCUUGAAGACUCUACCUGUCUCAAGGUGUAGGUCUCUGCGUGCUUCGUCAGUUGCGUCUCUUCGUGAGCUACCCACAGAGGUAGUUAAAGAGGCCGCAAAGGCACUCUUCGAGACCUCGAGUGAGACUGUUGUAGACGCAGAUGCCGCUUCUCCUGCUUCUACUUUACUGAUGCCCCGUGCAUUGUCGUGUGAAGUUUCAGAUGCAACGAAGCCAGCCUUGUCGUUGGAAGAAUCAAAACUUCAACUUACACAGGAGACGGUACAAUUUGAAGCCCCAGUGGAUUUCAAGACUCCUACGGAGACGAAACCUUUAAUUGAGUCUGUUUUCGAGAAGGCUACCCAAACUGGUGCCACGCAGAUUUUGAAGGUUGGCGCUUCCAAGGUUGUUGCUGUUGAAACUCCAGUUUCUCUUGAUGUUGAAUAUUCACUGGCAUCUGGCAAGAUUCCUCAGAUUCCAUCAGAGGGUAAAAGUGAUCCUUCCCUUUUGGCACUUCUUCCUACGCCAAAGACUUCACUCUCUCCUCCCGAGGAUUUGCCGUCAUCGCUGCCCGAAUCGUCUAUCAAGAAGAAUUCACUUCCUUUUAGCGAGCCUAAGAUUCUUUCAGAAGCUCCUCCGGUGACUUCCUCUGUAUGUUCUCCUACAGUGAUACCUACCAAGCAGAUUUCUGCUGUCGAUGCAUUGAAGGAGAAGCUCAACGAGAAGGCUAACGACAACUCUGUCCGUAAGGCACACAUCUACACAAACUCGAAGCAAGUCCUGAUCAAGAGCAAGAUCAGCACCCUUAAUGGCUUCUUCGAGGACGCUGGGUUCCAGAAGCCUGAGGAGAAAGAUUUGUCGUCUGUGAAGGAGCCUGUGAAGGUAAGCAAGCAUGACAAGACAGAAACGGUCACUUCUAAGACAGAGGCAGUACCUAAAAAGACAGAAGCAGCCUCUACUGUGCUGAAACUGUCGGUGGAACCCAAGACUCCUUCCCUUUCGGAGUCUCCUGUUGUUGAUACCACCACUGUUUCUUCUGAGUCCAAGCCGUCUGUUGAGUCCGUUGAUUCUAAGUCUUCUGCUGAUGCCGUUGAUAAGUCUGAGCCUUCUUCUGAAUCUGAGCAAACCACUGCUCAGAGAAGAGAUGCCGAAGCUGCCGCUUGUGCUAAGGCUGAAAAGAAACGGCAGUUGGCCAAGAGACUUGCUGCCUUGAAGCAGAAGAUGGACUCUGACACUGCAAAGCCGUUGCCUAAGAAGGAUGUGGAACCAGAAGAGGAGAUUCCUCUAGCUCCUCCUUUGCCUGAAGACCUCUUCGACUCUGAUUCGGAGCCUUGCAACUCUGAAUCGUCUUCCAACAAACCUGUUUUACCUUCUCCUGAGCCUACUGUCUUGUCAAGUUCUGUUCUGGAUAACAGUCUGAGUCUGGAGCCUUCUGCUUCGCCUUCUCCCAAGCCAGAAGUUCAAAGGAUUGCUUCCACUGAACCUUCUUCUCUUGAGUCUUCUCCCGAGCCUGAAUCUCCGAAAGCUUCUUCCCCUUCUCCUGUGGUUUCUGCUGAAAAGGAUCUUCCUGUCCCUGUCUCAGAGGGCCCGGAACAGAAGCCUGUUCUUUCUAAGGAUGAGAAGAAGGCUCAGUUGAAGCAAAGACUUGCCGCUUUGAAGGCCAAAAUGGAAGCAGAAGCUCCAAAGAAACCAGCCCAAGCAGAAACCUCUUCUUUGUUGUCUGAUGCUGCUAAGACCCCUGUUAUACCUCCCGCUCCGGCCUUCCCUGAAGGCCUUUUUGAUUUGGAUUCAGGUGAGUCUGACACAGUCCCAGAGGUUCCUGCUCAGGCUGUUGACGUUGUUUCUGAUGCUCCCGUUGAGGCUUCUGUUGAUGUUGGUUCUGAUGUUCCCGUUGAAGCUGUCACUCCUGUUGAAGCUGCUGUUGUUUCCACUCCUACUCCUGAAACUCCAGUUGCUUCUGAUGCUUCGAAGGAAGAGAAGAAGGCUGCUUUAAAGAAAAGGCUUGCUGCCUUGAAAGAAAGAAUGGCAGCUGAGGCUCCUCAAAAGCCUGCAAAGAAGGAAGCUCAUACUCCAGCUGAGCCUGCUGCUCCUGAGGUUCCUGAAGCUCCUCCUUUACCUGCCAACCUUUUCGAAACAGUUCUUCCUUCUCCUGUUAAUCUUCCUGCUACUUCUGAACCUCCUGUUGUUCCAAAACCUACAGCCACUGAACCUUCUUCUCCUGUUCCAAUCGUCCAGCCUCUGUCUGAUGUUUCUACUUCCCAGACUGAGGGCCUUUCUAAAGAAGAGAAGAAGGCUCAGUUGAAGAAGAGACUUGCCGCCUUGAAGAAUAAAAUGGCCAACGAUACCCCAUCAAAGGGUGCUACCAAAAGCAAAGAUGAACCAAAGAAACGCAAGGAGAGCAUUCCGGAAGCUCCUCCAUUGCCCAAAGAUCUUAUGGAUGUGAAGCCACUGGUGUCUCUGGAGACUAUUUGUCCCCCUCCUCCUCCAGCUUCAUCGAUUCCUCCACCUCCACCACCUCCACCUCCAUCUUUGCUUCCUGUUGGUCCUCCUCCUCCUCCAGCCCUUCCUGCCAGUCUUCUUCCAGCUGCCUCUGAAACUCCAGACGAACCUGAAGAUCCAACGACUCCUUCUGAAGCGUACCUCGAAUUGGAAGCUAAGCUUUCUGCCAAAAAGAAGAAAAGCAUCGACUUGUCAGAUAUCGACCACCAGAUCCCUGACUACUCCAAGAAGACGAACUUUUCUUCGAAGAUGCUGAAGAUGGCUUCAAAACUUGAAGCUUUCCUUCUUGCCGACGGCAGAUUAUCGUUUGAUGGUCCUGUUACGCCCAUGAAUCUUCCUAAGCCAAAGAAAGCGUCUCUACUUGCCAAAGACGAGGUGCCCAAGAAGAAACAUAAUGGUAAGAACGCUGCUAUUUUGAACAAGCUCGAGGGUCUUUUCAAAGACCGCCUUGACGAGAACAAUGGUGUGGCGGAACCUAAGACUCCUAAAGUGUCCAAGUUCCAUAUCGACAUGGACCUGACUGAGGUUUUCAUUCCUCCUUCCCAUCCUAACUUCCCAAAACCAGCUGGUGGUCUGGGCACGGCUCCUCCACCACCACCACCCCCUCCACCUGGUUUCUUGACUAAUGGUACUAGUAAUGGUGCUGGUAAUAGUCCGCCUCCACCGCCUCCACCUCCACCUCCAGCAUUCUUGAUGGCCAGUGGUGCCCCUCCACCACCUCCACCGCCACCACCGGCUUUUCUUACCAAUUCAGCAGCUCCUCCUCCACCUCCACCGCCUCCAGGGUUCUUAUUGGAUGCUGCUGGACCACCACCUCCUCCAAUGAAUGUUCCUUUAACGAAGAAGGAACUUCCUAGUGUCAAGUGUAUCCACGGUUCUUUUGAAGAGAAGAGAAAGGCGUUUGGUGCGUUCUUCUCUGCCCACCCAAUGAAGAAGACGGCUCCACCUCCACGGAUUGAGGCUCCCAAGAGGAAGGUUUUUAGCCAGGAUGAACUUGACAAGAUGACUCCUUUUGAGAGAACUAGAGUCACCAUUGAAGGCCACUUACAGGAUCUUGUUCGUGAGGGCAAGGCAGUUCCUGAUGAAGAUGAAGAUGAAGAUGCAGAUGAAGAUGAAGAUGACGAAGCCCGUGCUGGCCACGAGGCCCCGUGA